AUGGCAUGGAAGCCAUCAGAGCCAUUGAUGAAGAGAAUAGGUCAUUAUGCUUCCUUUCCGCCAACUGGCGUGAGUCUGCGCCAGAUGGUUCAGUUUGGGGAGAAACCUUCAACUGGCACCUUAUUUAGAGCCUCACAGUUUCUCUCCGAAGAGCUACCUGUCCGCCUCGCGCAUCGUGUAGAAGAGCUAGACAAGCUGCCAGAUGGACUCGGAGAAAUGCCCUCCAUCAGGAAGGUCCGCGACUGGUAUGCGCAAUCGUUCGAAGAGCUCACGGAGAUGAAGAAGCCGGAUUUGGACAAGAACACAAGAGAUCGAUUACUGAACCCUCCCAAGAAGACAAACAACAAGCUCGCCUCCAACGUGCGGAACCCCAGCAUGUCGAAGGCUAACGAAAAUGGCGGUGGCUUGAAUAGCAAACGCUACUUUGCUGCCAUUGACGACUAUAACGAUUGGCCGCCAGAGCUCUCAGAGCACAAUAAAAAGUUCUCUCGCAUGUUAGAGAACAUCAAAAGAAGGCACGACCCGGUUGUGACACAAGUGGCCAUGGGUAUCAACGAGUACAAGCGUAAACGGCAGCGCAUGCAAAUAGACUCGUCCAUCCAGAGUUUUCUAGACAGGUUUUAUAUGUCGCGAAUAGGUAUACGUAUGCUUAUCGGUCAGCACAUAGCCCUGACCACGCAAUCGAACCACCGUCAUCCGAACUACGUCGGUAUCAUAUGCACCAAGACGAACGUCAGAGAACUCGCAGAGGAAGCCAUCGAAAACGCCAGGUUCGUCUGUGAAGAUCAUUUUGGACUGUUUGACGCGCCAAAAGUGCAGCUUUUUUGUCCUCAGGACCUCAAUUUCAUGUAUGUGCCUGGGCACUUAUCGCACAUGUUGUUCGAAACACUCAAGAAUUCAUUACGAGCUGUUGUGGAGAGGCACGGUGCCGAGAAGGAAGACUUCCCAGUUACAAAAGUCGUCGUUGCUGAAGGCAAAGAAGACAUCACCAUCAAGAUCAGCGAUGAAGGUGGAGGGAUCCCGAGAAGUGCGAUACCUCUGGUCUGGACAUACAUGUAUACUACGGUGGAUGCAACACCAGAGUUGGACCCUGGCUUCAAUGCUAGUGAUUUUAAAGCGCCGAUGGCAGGUUUCGGAUAUGGUCUACCUAUAUCACGGCUCUACGCGAGAUAUUUUGGAGGUGAUUUGAAGCUCAUUUCUAUGGAGGGAUACGGCACAGAUGUGUACCUCCACUUGAACAGAUUAUCAAGCUCUUCCGAGCCACUACAAUGA